UACCUAUUGAAGAAAUAAUUUUUAUUAAGGAGAUUUAAAUGGACAUGUUAGUAGAGAGGUAGAAGAUUUUAAAAGCAUUCAUGUAAGUUAUGGAUUUGGAGCGACUAAUAAAGAUGAUAGGAUCAUAUUAGAUUUUUCUCGAUCUUAUAAUUGUUAAUAUUUUAUUUAAGAAAAGAGUGAAGUAUCUCAUCACUUUUAAGAAUGGAUACAGUCAAACUUAGAUUAAUUAUUUUUUUAUAAGAAAAAUAAAUCUUUUAUAUUAUAAAAAUUAUAAAAUUAUUCCAAGUGAAAGUUUAUGUUCCCAACAUCGCUUUUCAGUUUUGGGCUUUAGGAUGAAAGAGCAUAAUAUGAAAAAUAAAAUAAAAUAUUAUCCUAGGAUUAUAUGGCACACAUAAGCUAUGAGUAGGGGUGCAAACGAGUCAAGCCGGCUCGGGCUCGACUCGGUAACAGGCUCGACAAGCCGAGUUUAUCGAGCUCGCGAGUCGAGCUCGAACACGAGUUCGAGCUUGACAGCUUAUCUAGCUCGAGCUCGAACAGGCUGCUGCUCGACUCGUUAGCUCGUCGAGCAGCUCAACGGCUGAACUUGCAAGAGGGAAAUGCAAACACGAAGCGGGAAAUCGAAGUCUCGAGCGGGAAAUCAAAGUUGCGAUUGGGAAAAAAAAAGGAUGAAUCUCAACGACGUGACGAUGACGAGUUGACGACGGGGCGAGCUCGACGACGAUCUCGAUAGAGGGAAAUUUCGAGCUCGACGGCAGACGGUGGGACGAGAUCGACGACGGUCACAAAAGCAGAAAAUUUUGAGCUUGACGAUGAUCUCGACGGCAGACGACUGGACGAUCUCGACGACGAGCUGUUAAUGUAGAUCCGGCCAUAUGCUAACGGAAUGGAGGUGGGGCUCAUCCUUGAGGCGAUGAAUUGUGUCAUCAUUGAGAUCUUUGAGAUAUACAGCUGCAUUUGUAGAGGCAUCGCCGGAUUCCUCGUCGAUGUGCUCGGCUCUGAUGUUUCCGAUUCCUCUACCUCGCACACCGCCGCCGCAUCGUCAAAGGAGAAGAUGGCCGUGCCUUCCGAGGAGCGGAAGCGACUGGGUAUGGCAGGGAUGAGGGUGCUCCGUAGAGAUGCAGAGCAGAGCGUGCAACUCUCCUCAUAUUUCAGCCUCUGUCGUAGCCUCGGCGUGCUGAACGCCGCCGAGAUCCCUCCAGUGGAGUCUAUACCUGAGGAAGACAUUCGCGAUCUCGAGGCCUUGCGGGACUGUGAUCCGUCUUGGAGAUGAAUGGCUCGAUAGCCGGCGGCCAGGGUCCCGACGCGAGCAUGACGAUGAUCUCAACGGUAGAAGCGACGACGACGACGAGCCUCGGGAGGACGGACGCUACAACCAGCGAUGGAUCUCGAUCUCGAAAUCGGAGCUCGACAGCAAAGCUCGACGAGCCGCUCGACAAGAAGACGAGUCGAGCUCGAGCUUGGAUUUUGAGCUCGAGCUCGAGCUUGGUCUUUGAAAGUCAAGCUCGACUCGAACACGCCCUGACUCGAGCUCGACUCGACUCAUUUGCACCCCUAGGUAUGAGACAUGAAAUACUGGGUGCAAUGUCGAUGAAGGUGGUAAUCCCAGUCAAUAGGCCACUGCUUCAGUGCGCUUUAAAAUCUCAUAAGGCUCAAAAUAUCAUGGAGACAAUUUCUCAUUCCUCCUCUUGGCUAGUGUCUUCUGCUAGUAGGAUCUCAGCUUAAACUAAACCAUAUCUCUUGGCUAGAAGUGUACUUCUCUCUUAUACUCAUCAGUCUUUCUCUUCAUGAUCUGUUGGGCCCUUAACAGAUGUCUCUUGGGCUCUACUAAUAUCCUAUCCAUCUCCUUUAAAUAUUGAUCUACACAACAUAAUGGCAUAGUGAUAUGCCCAUAAUAUAUCAAAUGACAUGGAUCUCUCCCAUAUAGAAUCUUGAAAUGGGUGGUCUGUGUUACUGAAUGAUACACAUUUUUUUUUUGAAUGGUACAAAAUGUUGUACCAAUACUAGGCCCAAACAUUCCACUUUGCCCAAAUCUUUGAGGUAUCUCAUACAAAGCAUCACAAAUAGGUCUCCAUGCUACUGUGGACCACCUCCAUCAUCUGUUUAGGGAUCCUCUUCAUGAUUGCACCUUGUAAACAGAACAACUUCUUCCAGAAUGACCGAGGAACACAUUGUCUCUAUCUGACAUAAUGGAUUUUAGAAAUCCAUGUAAGCGCACCACCCGUAUGAAAGCAAUAGCCACAAACACUACGGUGUAAGGGUGCUUCAGAGGGAUGCAGUGUGCAUACUUGCUCAGAUGAUCCAAUACUACCAGUAUCACAGAAAUCCCUUCGAAUGCGAUAACCCCUCGAUGAAGUCCAUCAUCAUCUCCCACACCCUCUCCGGUAAAGCUAGAGGUUAUAGCAAUCCUCUUGGUGUCAUGGCCAAGUACUUAUGUUGCUAUCACACAUCAUAUCUUACUACCUAGUCCUCUACAUCUUAGUGCAUCCCCACCACAAUAUACUCCACAGACAGUUGACUAUAGAUUUUCUGAACUCCUAAAUGUCCUCCAACUGCGUUGCCAUGAAACUCCUGCAAUAGCUUGGGAAUGUACCUCAAUGUCCUCGGUAAGAUGAAUCGCCCUUGAUGUAGCAGCUGGGGCUCCCUUAGCAUGUAACUGGGAUGACUGUUUGGGUCCUACAAUAACUCGACUCUGAUCUUCCUUAGACCCUCAUCUUGUUGUCUCUUCUGUCUCAGGGCUUCCCAAUCUAGGACCAUAGGUAUUGAUAGAGCUGUCAACUGUAGUUCAUUCGUUUUCCUCGAUAGUUCAUCCGCGGCCUUGUUCUCCAGUCUUGCAGUACUUGAUCUCAAAAUCAUAUCUAAGUAACUUGGAUAACCACCUUUGAUGCUUCUCAGUCAACAUCUUCGCUCCAGUAGAAACUUCAAACUCCUCUAGUCUGUCAUGAUGAUAAAGUGUCGCCCCAAUAAAUAGGGUCGCCACUUUUGGAUGGCUAAUAUAAUGUCAUCAACUCCCGCUUAUAUACGGACUUUAAUCUUUCCUUGGUUAUGAGAACCUGGCUGAAAAUAAGCAAUGGGUCGAUGAUCCUGCAUAAGUAAUGCCCCUAGUUGGUAUCCUGAUGCAUUCGUCUCCACCACAAGUGGUAUGUUGAAGUCAGGAAGUGUUAAUACUGGCAUGUCGGUCAUGGCUUUCUCUCAACUGCUUGAAGGCCUGUGUUGUUUCUUCCCACCGAUUGAAACUAUUCUUCUUUAGUUUCUUAGUCAGUGACCAUACUAUGUGCCAUACCCUCGCAUAAACUUUCGGCAGUACCCGGUAAGACCUAAGAACCCUCUAAACUCCUUCAGAUUCUUAGGUAAAAGCCAAUCUCACAUAGCCUCAUUCUUGGAUCAGUCUGCUGCUACCCCUGCUAUGCUCACCACAUAUCCUAGGUACUCUACCCAUGGUUGUGUAAAUGAACAUUUUUCAGGUUGGCAUAUAGUGAUGCUCCCUCAAAGUCUCCAGUAUAGUGCUUAGGUGACCCACAUGCUCUGCUUUCGUAUGACUGUAGAUUAGGAUGUCGUCAAAAAAUACCAAAAUAAACUUUUUGAGGCAUGGUUGAAAAAUCUAAUUCAUGAGGGACCAAAAAGUGUUUGGAGCAUUGGUAAGGCCGAAAGACAUCACCAGAAUUUGAUAGUGACCCUUAUGAACCCUGAAAUUUCUCUUAUAUACAUCCCCAGACUUCAUUUGGAUCUAGUAGUACCCCGACUAUAGGUUAAUCUUCGAAAAGAUUACUGUCCCAAACAGUUCAUCCAGUAGCUCAUCAAUUAUGAGGAUGAGAAACUUUUACAACAUAUUUUUCUUAUUUAGGAUCCUAUAGUCCAAGCAAAAUCUCCAAUUGUCAUCUUUCUUUUUCACCAAUAAAAUUGGGUUGGAAAAGGGGUUCACAUUAGCUUACUAAUCCCUGCCUUAAGCAUCUAUCUGAUGAGCCUCUCUAUCUCAUCCUUCUGAAUUUAUGGGUACCAGUACAGUCGAAAACUAAAAGGAGAAGCUUCCUUUUUCAAGGUAAUGGCAUGCUCAUACUCUCUGGGUGGCGGUAAUCAGCUAGACUGUUGAAAAACCUCCGGAAACUACUGCAGAAGCUGAUGUACACACUCAGAGACCUCGAUCGGCUCCUAAUCUCAGACCUCCUCCAGGCUCUGCAGCUCCAACAAGUAGCCCAGACUUGCUCCCUAUAUCGCCUUGACUAUGGGUUUGAGUGAAACUAUAGUUGUUCUGCACAAGCUGUCGUCUUCUCACAACACCACCCUCUUUCCCUCUAUCUGAAUCUCCAUAUUCAAAUAUUUCUACUCCACCUUCGCUUCCCCAAUCUUCUGUAACCACUUCAUCUCUAGGAUCGCAUUAAUGCUCCUCAAAUCCAAAAGAAGAAAAUCCUCCACUAUAUGUAGGCCCUAUAGCGUCAGCUCAAACCCCUGCAAAUCCCCCUACUAUUCUCCACCUUCCUUGCCCUCAUCAUGACUCCAAAGUUUCUUGUAUCCAUCAAGUUCAAUGCCAACUGAUCCACGACUCGAAUUGAAGAUGAAGUUAUGAGUAGCCCCGCUAUCCAUCAAGACUACUAUUGGCUACUCGAUUUGAGAUGAAGUUGUGAGUAGCCCCGUGUGAGACCUCGUUCCCUUACUGUUCCUCUUUGACUUGGAUUUUCCUCCCAGGA